CUCAAGAAAAGGAAACACCUAUCAAUUUUGUAUUAAAUUAUGGAACUGCAUCGCCUCCUCUGGAGUGUGUACUGCUAGUUGUUUCCUAUAACAGCGCCCAUUUGUGAUCAUUCUAAAGAUCAACUCGAGUGCCUCAAGCCUACAACUAUGGAUACACACUCUACCUCUCUGUUCCUCCUAACUUUGAUUCAUCUGCUUUCACGCAUCUCAGCUCGUGAUUUCCUCUCAGCAGGCUCCUCUCUCUCUGUUGAGAGUAGCUCUGACGUGCUCCAUUCACCAGAGGGUACUUUCACCUGCGGCUUCAACAACAUUUCUGAAAAUGCCUUUGUCUUCUCUAUUUGGUUCUCCCACACAGCUGAAAAAACUGUCAUCUGGAGCGCAAAUCAUCUCCACCCUGUGUACUCCUGGGGAUCCAAAGUCGUGCUAGAUACAAAUGGCGGCAUGGUUGUGAAAGAUUACCAAGGCCAGACUGUGUGGGAAAACAAUGUGACCUCUUCCAAUGCUGAACGAGCUCAGUUAUUGGACACAGGGAACCUCAUCGUGAAGGGCCAAGGUGAUAUCAUUCUAUGGCAAAGCUUUAAUUCUCCUACUGAUACAUUGCUACCCAAUCAGAACUUUACUGCUGCAACAAAGUUGGUAUCUAGUAGUAGGUUACUUGUUCAUGGGCAGUACAGCUUCCAUUUUGAUGAUCAAUAUUUACUUACCCUGUUUGAUGAUGAGAAGGAUAUCUCAUUUAUCUAUUGGCCGAAUCCUGAUCAGAAUAUCUGGGCAAAGGAAAGAAACUCAUUUAAUACCACCACAACUGGGGUCCUUGAUAGCUGGGGGCAUUUCAGCGGAAGUGAUAAUUUAACUUUUAAGGCUGCUGAUUGGGGUCUUAAGGUUAUGAGGAGGAUAACAUUGGAUUCUGAUGGAAACCUUAGAUUAUAUAGUCUAAAUGAACAAAAUGGAGGAUGGUCAGUCAUGUGGGCAGCAUCUCAAGGGAGCUGCUUUACUCGCGGUUUGUGUGGUAUAAAUGGAAUAUGUGUGUAUACACCUAUGCCCGCUUGUGCAUGCGCCCCUGGAUAUGAGAUCAUCGACCCAAGUGACUGGAGAAAAGGUUGCACGCCAAAGUUCAACCUCACUCGUCAUGGGCAGAAGAUGAGAUUUGUAAAGCUACCUUACACAGACUUCCCAGGUUAUGACCAAAGUAAAAAUGCCCCGAUUUCUCUUGAUCACUGCAAGAAAAUAUGCUUGAACGACAGCAAUUGCAAAGGAUUCACAUACUCAGAACAAGGAACGGGAGGUUGCUAUCCAAAGUCAUCCCUUUUCGGUGGAGUAACCUCAUUAUAUUAUUCUACCUAUCUAAAGGUUCCUAAGGAAUUAGAGGUGUCAAACUCCUCAAUUCCUCACUCCCAACCUUCUGUUCCCAGAUAUGUUCUUGACUGUCCUACAACAAAGAAAUAUUCCACUCCAAAUUUUCUAGAUAAGCCUGACAGCAGUCAGAAUGGAUCAAACUAUUUCUACUUAUUUUAUGGGUUCUUAUCAGCGAUAUUUCUCGUGGAGGUAACACUCGUGGCACUAGGAUGCUGGUUUCUUUUGAUAAGGAAGGGCAAGCAGUUAACAGGAGUGUGGCCAGCUGAGGUUGGCUAUGAAAUGAUAACGAACCAUUUCCGUCGAUACACUUACAAGGAGUUGAAGAGAGCUACUAGACAGUUCAGGGACCAGAUUGGGAGAGGGGCAUCUGGUCUUGUAUACAAGGGAGUCUUGGAAGACAAGAGGGUAAUAGCAGUGAAAAGGUUGGCAGGCAUAAACCAAGGCGAAGAAGAAUUCCAACAUGAACUGAGUGUGAUUGGAAGGAUUUACCAUAUGAAUCUGGUGAGGGUGUGGGGAUUCUGUUCUGAUGGUCCACAUAGGAUACUGGUUUCAGAAUAUGUUGAGAAUGGUUCAUUGGAUAAAACCCUGUUUAGUAGCGAGGGCUCACAGAUCUUACUUGAAUGGAACGAAAGAUUUAAUAUUGCUCUAGGGGUGGCAAAGGGAUUGGCCUAUCUUCAUCAUGAGUGCUUGGAGUGGGUUAUUCACUGCGAUCUGAAGCCUGAGAAUAUACUGUUGGAUGAGAACUUGGAGCCAAAGAUCACUGACUUUGGCCUUGCAAAACUACUGAACAGAGGUGGGUCCAAUAAAAAUGUGUCACGGAUCUGUGGAACUAGAGGCUAUAUAGCUCCUGAGUGGGUUUCUAGCGUCCCAAUAACGGCAAAGGUUGAUGUCUACAGCUUUGGAGUGGUUCUCCUAGAACUACUGAAGGGGGCUCGUGUUUCUGAAUGGGCAUCAAAUGCUGAUGAGGAAGUGGAAAUGGUCCUCCGAAGGAUCCUUAGGAUGCUUGCAGAAAAUCUGAAGCUCGAGGGCACAAAACAGUUAUGGAUCUCUGAGUUCAUUGACUCCAGGUUGAACAGCCAAUUCGACAAUAUCCAAGCAAGAACAAUGGUCAAGUUGGCUGUUUCAUGCUUAGAAGAAGAUAGUAGAAAAAGGCCCACCAUGGAAAAUGCUUUGCAGAUGCUUCUUUCGGUUGAUGAAGCCAUUGGCAUAUAAAAGAAGAGUUUGGCAUGAUGCAGCAACAGUACACAGCAUCUAUAAUGUGUAUCCAUUUAAAAUAAGAGUUUGGCAUGAUGAGCCACUUGUAGCCUAGUUGAUUUUCGUAUUUAACCACACUAUGCCAGAUUAUGUAGUGUCAAAAUAAUAAUAAUUGUGCACGAUCUAUGCAGACCUGUAUUGUAAGAAAUGAAGUGAUUUUGCACCAGUGUCAAAAUAAUAACGGUGUGGUUUUUUCCUUUAUAA